AUGAGCACCGACAACUUGCCAGACUCCAACGAAGGGGAGAAGCGGUACGCGGCCGAGCCGGAGGGGUACCACUUUGACUGGAUCCUCAAGCCCAAUUACCUGCUUGACCUCGUUCGCAAUCUCACCGACCAGAAAACGGACUUGCGCAUUCUCAUGCUGGGAUGCGGGAAUUCGCUGCUGUCCGAGGUGCUGUACGACGCUGGGUAUACCCAGAUUGUGAAUAUUGAUUAUUCGGCCGUCGUGAUCCAGCAGAUGAAGGAGCGGCAUGCCGAGCUUCGACCGCUCAUGACGUGGCUCGAGAUGGAUGUUACCGACCUCAAGUUUGGAGAGGAGUUUGAUGUGGUCAUUGACAAGGCGACGAUGGACGCAAUGCUCACGACCAAGGGCGACCCAUGGAACCCGCCGGAGAGGGACGUGAUCAUGGCAACCAAGGAGGUCGACGAGGGACUGAGGGUGUUGCGCAAGCGUCCCGGGUCCAAGUUUAUCUACUGGACGUGGUUCGCGGGACCGUUCCGGAGGCGCUACUUUGAAAACCGCGAGGGGUGGAAGUUUAGCACGCGCGAGGUCGGCCCACCCGAGGGCUUUGACUACUACCAGUACCUGCUCGAGUAUGAGGGGGCGGUGGCAUAG